AUGGCUACCCCCAGUGUCCUCACUUUUGAUGCUAAGGGCCGUGCGAUUGACUUUGAGGUCUGGGUCAAUGACCUCCAGCUGUUUCUUCAGGCGGACGGCCUCUCCCUGUUUGACCUCACUUCUGGUGCCUCUCCUGCCCCUGCUGCUGAUGCUAACGCCACUGUUCACUCACAGUGGGCCAUGCGCGAUGCUGCUGCUUGCCUUACUGUGUGCCGCCACUUACCGACCACUGAGCGUGCACAGUUUAGCCAGUACAAGAGUGCUCAGAUCUUGGGUGUUCUCCUUCCCCCCUCUUGCCCUUUGUUGCUUCUGCUGCUGCGGCCGACCUCGAUGGUUUUGAGUCGGUCGGUGCUGCGUCUGCCCCGAGCGGGAGACGCCGCACCGGCAAGGGCAAGGGGGGCAUGGGUGCCAGAGGAACUGGAGGGGGCGAUGGAGGUGGUGGUGGAGGCAGUGGAGGGAGUGGGGGUGGUAGUGGGAGUGGUGCUGGGGGUGGCGGCGGCGGUAGCAGCAGUGGAGGCGGCGGACGUAGUGGAGGAGGCGGAGGUAGUGGAGGAGGCGGAGGUGGAGGAGGCGGCGGCGGCGGCGGCGGAGGCGGCAGUGGUGGAGCGGGUCGCGACUCUGCGUAGAGGAGUGGCGCCUGUGCUGGUCAACGCCACCAGCAGCAGCGGAGUGGUGUGA